AUGAUGGAAUACACCAAAGGCAGUGAUGUUGAGCUCAACUAUAUAAUGGUUUACAAGUUGCCUUCAAACUUACUCUCAUCUUAUCACCCACAGCUCACUCGUCUACACUCAAUCAAGUGUAGAUAUCAACGCUACAGCGAAGCAACAUCACCAUCUACGCAACUCACCUUUUACUCACCCACCAAAACAGCAACCAUGCCACGCAGCACCACAUCGUCUGCAAACGGGUCAGAGCACUACUGGCCCAACAUCAAGAACGCCAUCCUGCAGAACCCAGCAGGCCAGCCGCCGAGUCAACUCAUGAAGCCUCAGUGCCCUGUUUGCCUCGAGACUUUCGACAUCACCACGUUCCGCAAGCCAUCGGGGAACCCGCCCACCUGUGUAGUACUCUUCUGCGGACACGUCAUGUGCAGGAGGUGUCUUAGACAGGCGGAGGAGUCUGGCGUCGGAGGCGAGGAUAAGAAGUGUCCUUGCUGCCGGACGGCGCUGGCAUGCAGAUGCGGCGAGGCAUCCAAGACGUUCACGGUGCCUGACGCCAACACGAGCCCGGACGCCGUAUUUGAUGCACCGCUCACCAAGCCUGAGAACCCCAACGGGGACGUCCAGCCAAAGUGCCACCGCUGCGCGGCGUCGAGGGAGUGGCUCAACCGGAUCGAUGGCGGGGACUGGCCAAGAGAGGCCGAGACCAUCGAGCCCGGAGCCGUGCGGUUCAUUUACGGGACCGUCGACGCACUCGAGUCCGAGGGCCGGGCCGUAACUCCUAGGUCCGUCUCCAGCGCGUUUGGAAGUGUCACUGACGAUGAGUACCAGAUGUUGAUCGGCCACCGCAAUGACUUCAUUAGCCAGCGGAGACCGGAGCUCGAGAGCGCAAACCCGUGGUUUGGAGGUCAUCGUGAGGCCGGUGGAUUAGACCGUUACAGUUCUUCCAGUCGCCAUGACGAGCGUCGCCGAGAGGUAAACGUCGACUACCGAGCUCCUCUGGAUCCUCCUCUCGACACAGAAGCCCGGCGCCGCCGCGGUGAGUUUGAGGAGCGCCGUCGCAUGCACGACAGACUUCCAGAGGAGAGAAGUCUUCAGGACCAGCUCAGCGGUCUAAACCUAGGAAGUGAAUCGCGCUUUGAUGCCUUUGGACGGCCUCGGCCCAGUAACGGGAGAGAGAGAGAGCGUGCCCAGCAACGCUUCGACGAGCCCGGCUUUGAUGAGCCUCGACGACGAGAUGCCGGCAUGGGUGGCAUGGCAAACUAUGGUGACUUCGGAGGAGGGCGUGAGACUGGUCGCGAUACCUUCUCUGGCGCCCAAUACGGACGGGACACCGGCAAUCCAUACUCCGGUCAACGCGGACGGGAUACCGGCAACGGUACCCCCCACACACGGAACACCGGCAGCCUUUACGGCGGUGCUCCAUACGGAGGUGAUAUCGACAGAGAUAGGCGCUUCCCCAACACCCAACGCGAGGCGAACCCUGACCCCUUCUCCAGGACUGAGCGCGGCCGCGGGACGACACGCCCUCAAUCCCAAUACGGACGCGAGACAGGCGAAGACGGCGACAUCAACGCCAAAUUCGAGAACAACCCCGAAGCGCAGGAACUCUUCCGGGAGAGCAUGGAGCGGAUGAGAGCCUACGGCAACCUCACCGAGGAAGAGCUGUCCGACCCUUCCUAUAUCGCAUGGCGCAAACGAGAGGCCGUCAACGAGACUGAGUUGGGGGCACUAGCGGAGCGUAAUCGCGCCUACAGAGGCGGAGAUGGGCCUUCGGAGAGGCGGCGAUGGUAA